AUGGAACCAUAUGUAAUAUUUAGGUCUGCGAAUAAUUAUUCAGUGAAGUAUAUCGAGAAAUUUGAUGAUUCUCGAACAUCUAUCAUUUUUCAGAAAGAUUCUGAACUCCUCCAAUCUUUACAGAAAACUCCAAUUCAAGAAAAAAAAUUACUGGAACAAAAUACUGUUGAAGUUAUUGAUGUACAAGUAAAUUUAAAAAAGGAAAAAUACUUAUUCUCCCAUUUGAUACACAAUUACAACAUUUUAUCAGCUGCGACAUUACUUAACACUAUUUAUGGUGCAUUGACAAAUCAGAGGUGCAUUUUAAUAAAAGAUGCAACCUUCUUGUUUCCUGUUACUUUUAAACCUGAUAACGAAAUUAUCAAUUUCAAAAUUCGAAUUUCUGCUGAGAUAUGCACUGUUAUCUAUGUAAACCAUCAAUGUGUCACAUUUCGAUUUGAUAAACUUUAUCAAGGGAUACAUUCUGGUGAUAGUAAUAAUGAAGAAUCGCAAGAUAUCAAUUGUACUAUUGAUAGAUUACGUACUGGAUCUGUGUUAGAUGCAAAGUUAGUUAUAGGAAAGGAAUUUUAUGCUCAAAUGGAGCAAUAUCAUUAUCAGUAUCGUAAGGAAUUUCGUUGUGUACGAAAAUUAACGAUAAAUAAAGAUAGUGGUACGGUAGAGCUUACAUCAACUGAACAUCUCGAUAUUCUGAUCGAUGGAGCUAUGCAAGCAAUCGUUUUCAUCCUUAUUCAACAGUAUCAUAAAAAAUUGAUAACUUUGGUACCAUUUCAUAUUCGAAGAAUGAAUAUUGUUAACAUUACGGAAAAAGCAAUUACAACCGGAAAAUGUAAUGAUGCUAAUAACAUAAUGGCAUUUGUUAAAGCUAAAUUACAAAAUGGACAACUUUUGGGCUCAUUUGAAUUUGUAACUGAUAAAAUCGCUGUUUCAGCGAAUGCUAUAAGUUUUUAUCCAAUGAUGCCUGAUAAAAUGAUAAAAUCAUCGGAAAAAGAAAGAGUCCUAUCAUCGAAUUCACUCAAAUCAAAGACAGAUUCUCGUCACAAAGCAACAGUAAAACCGGAAACGGAGGAAUCAAUGAACAAAAAUGAGUUAUCACAAAUGAUGUUAAAUAAUGCAUUGAUGUUACAGGACAAAAGUUUAAUAUGCAUUAAAUCGAUUGCAUGUCGUUUACCCAAAACUGUUCAUGAUCCGGCUGAAUUUUGGGAUGCUCUUAAAACCGGCCAAAUAAUGGCAAAUAAAAUUCCAUGUUCGAGGAUUAAUGGAAGGGAUAAUCUGGCUCGAGGCGAAUAUGGUCAUCCUGUUAGAUGCGCGAAUUUUUUGACGGAUGAUAUUAGCCAUUUUGAUGCAGCAUUUUUUGGCAUUUCACGAAGUGAAGCAGAAAAAAUAGACCCACAACAACGUAUACUUUUAGAAUGUGUCUAUGAAUGCAUGGAAAAUGCCGGAUUAACCUCACUGAAAGAUGCCGGAUUUUUCAUCGGCUUCAUGUCAAAUGAAUAUCCUGAUAUUGUGAAAAGCCGGGAUGCUGUAUCAAUGCUUGGUUCUAGUGCUAGCAUUGUCAGUGGACGAUUGAACUAUUUAUUUGGAAGUACAGGACCAUCGAUUACACUUGAUACAGCAUGCAGUUCAAGUUUAGUUGCAUUGCAAGCAGCAAUUCAUGCAUUACAUAAUGGAAGCUGUACAACAGCUAUUGUUGCUGGCGUUAAUUUAAUUAUGACGGAACAAAGUAUCGGUCAACGAGCAAAUGGUAAUUUAUUAGCUGAUGAUGGUUUAUGUCGUAGUUUCGAUGCAUUAGCAAACGGAUAUGGAAGAGCAGACGGAUGCGUAGUACUUCUUUUAGGUAUCACUGAUAAAGCGGUAGAAAGAAAUGAUUAUGCGGUAAGCAUUGUUUCAACAUGCAUCGGUCAUAAUGGACAAAGUAUAUCACUUGCCGCACCUAAUGGUUAUGCUCAAGAAAAAUUACUUCGAGAUUGCUUAAGUAAAAUUCAAGGUAAUCAAUCUGUCAAAUACUGGGAAACACAUGGUACAGGUACCAUAAUUGGUGAUACUAUCGAGUUAAAAGCAUUACAAGCUAAUUUACAGCAUUGUUUAAUUAGUACUGUGAAGACACAUUUUGGACAUUCAGAAGCUGCUGCUGGUGCUACCGGAUUGGCUAAAAUUCUACUACAAUUUAAAUAUGAAUACAUUCCGGAACAUGGAUCUUAUCAAUGUUUGCAAAAUUUACAAGAUGGUAAUUUAUAUUUACCUAUUAUUGGUGAAGAAUGGAUGGAUACAUUAGCUGGGAUAAGUUCAUUUGGUAUUAGUGGAACAAAUGCUAUGACAGUAUUACGAUCUAAAAAAAUAACAUUGAAACGAUCGAAAAAGAAAAUAAUGACAAAAUGGCAAACAUAUAUUUGUCCAAUAUCAGCAAAAAGUAAGGAAUCAUUGGAUAUGCUAAUGAUAAGUUAUCAAACAAUGUUCGAAAAUACUUUUCAAAAUAUCAAAGAUAUUUGUUCAACAGCAGCAUUUCAUCGUAAUCAUAUGCAAUAUCGUGCCAUUAUCUUAUUAUAUAAAGGAAAAAUUAUGGAACAAUGGAUGAAUGAUGAGAAAUUUUGGAAACAAGAAGCGAUAGGAUUGAAAUUGUACAGUAAUUCAUGCUUAUACGUAUUACCAUGGUUCUAUUCGAUUUUUCCGAAAUUCAGAAUGAAUUUCAAAAUUUAUUUUGCAUUAAUGAAGAAUUUUGCAAUGCAACAAAUUUCUGCAAAAUUUCAACAAACUCGAAGUAUUGUUAUUCUAGCAGGCUUUUUAAGCAUAAUUACUUUUCUAAAUGAUAUUGGUAUUGAAUUGAAAGCUAUUCAUGCUUAUGAUAGUCUAUCAUUAACUGCAGCUUACUUAAUUACAGAUAUCAUAAAUGAUCGAAAAAUAUUUGAAUAUGAAUUGAUGAAAAUGAUUGCAAUAACUUAUCUACGAGGAGAUUGCAUUAAUUGGAAAUAUUUGUACUCAUUCUCUUUUCAUUCGAUUACGCUUCCAAAUUAUCAGUUUAAACGUGAAUCGUAUUGGAUUACGAAAAAUUCAUCAACAAUCGAUCAUUGGUUAAAUGGACGAUUGAUAAAAGAAGAAAAGGACGAAUGCAUUUUCAUUAAUCAAAUUAGCAAAAUGAUAAGCGCAAAAUUGUUGGCAUUUAAAUAUGAUGGACAAAUGCGCUUCACUUUUGGUAUUUGUUGUGAAGCUAUCAUACAAGCACUACAGCUUACAUUUUUGAAGAAUAUUACCGAACAAUCACAACAUUAUUUCUUCAACAAUUUAACAAUGAUAAAAUAUUUGGUGCAAGAAAAUGAUUGGAUAAAAACAACGAUUAAAAGAUAUGAAGAUAAGAAUUAUCACGUGAAGCUAACCUGUGCUUCAAAUAUUAUCUGUGAAGCAAAUAUUAUGCUUACUGAUUAUAAACUUACCAUGAAUGGAUUAAAUAUUACUCAAAUUGGAAAUUUUAUCACAAAAGCGAAUUUUUACGAAAUUCUCAAUGAUAAAGGAAUAUUUUAUGAUGGAAUUUAUCAAACAAUCAUUCGUGCUUCAUCUUCUCAUAAAAUAUUUGUAACAAAAUGUUACUGUCAAAUUUUCCUCAUUGUAGAAACGAUAAUACAAGUAGCAUGUUAUUGUGAUAUUUUAAAUCCAUCUGAUAUUUAUAAUGAAAAGAAAUUUAUCAUUGAAAAUUUAAAUUUUCAUAUGUUUUUAUCCGAAUUAAUGUAUAUCCGGAUAGAAAAUGGCAAAAUAAUUGUAUACAAUGGAAAUGAUUACAGGAUGAUGAUUAGUGUAAAUUUAAAUGAUAAGAAAGUUAACGAGAAAUAUGAUAAAAUAAAGUGGCGAAAAGAAAAGGAUGAAACAAAAUUCGAUCAAUUUAUUAACUUUUCCUCUACUACUUAUCAAGAAUACACUGAUAAAAUACGAAAAGCAGUUGAAGAUAUUCGUAAGGAUGAUAGUUCAAUUAGCAAUGAACAAUUAUCAGCAACAUUCAUCGAACUUGGUCUUGAUUCAUUAGCAAUUACUGAUCUGGCUAAUCGCUUAAAUACUAUUUAUUUUCCUGAUUUACAAAUUGGUGCAGUAGAUCUUUUCAACUAUCCCAGUAUUUAUUUGUUAACGAAUGCAAUUUAUACACGUAAAAUAUCAUCGAGAAUUAUUGAUGAUAAAGAAGAAAAGGUACGUCAAAUGAAUGAUACGUCAUAUUCUGAUAUGUUGGAUAAAAAAGUACGUCAAAUGAAUGAUACGUCACAUUUUGAUAUGUUGGAUAAAUCGACGCUUAAAGAAACUCGAAGUCAAGAGAAGCAUUCAUUAUCAGUGAUGGAUGAAGAUGAAAGUUGUGCAUAUGAACAAAUAUUCCUCGAGCAACAGUUAAGAAAUGAUUGUAUGACUGUCAUCAUUACUGACAAGAGAUCCAUAUCAGAACGGAAAUCAGCGAAUGAAUUGAUAAUUAUUGUAAGUAACAAAACGCGAAGAAGAAGCAGUCAUGAUGACGUCGGAAUACUGUAUUUGAAUACAAGAAAUCCUGAAAAUUUUAAGCAUUCUUUUUUGUUACAUUUAAAUGACCAUAAAACAGUCUUAAUCAAAUUUGAAUUAAGUAGUAAUUUUCCAUUACGAUAUCUUACAGAAGUUUUACUUCAUCUUACAAAAAAUAUCAUUCAAUCCAAACAUACUUAUGCAUUUUCUAGUAAGCCUGGAUUUGGAAGAGCCAAUGGAUUUGCAUUAGGAUUUGCUAAAAGUUUGUGCGCAGAAUUCUAUCCUAAAGUGCAGUAUGAAUGGAAUUUCAUUUUGAAAAAAAUUUUAAAUUUAAAGAAAUAUGUGGAAGAAAUGCCAAAAAGAAAUGAUAUGAAUUCAAAGGAAAGAUGGCUUAUUACUGGUGGUCUUGGCGGAAUUGGUUGGCAAAUAGCUAAAUUUAUCGGAUACAAUCGAAAAGUUUCACAUAUCUUUUUGCUUGGUAGAAAGGAACCAAACAAAAUACAAAGUCGAGAAAUGAACAAAAUGCAUGAUAGCGUAGGAGUUGACGUACGAGCAGUUUCCGUGGAUUUGACGUCAAAAAUACAAAUGGAAGAAUUUUUCGACAAAUUACAAAUAUCACUAACGGGUAUUAUUCAUAGUGCGGGAUGUAUUCAUGAUGCGUUAGCUUCCAAACAGAACCUUUCAACUUUUCGUCUUGUAACUGAGGCGAAAUGUGACGGUCUAGUAAUUUUGGAAAAACUAUGUCAUUCACAUCCAAUCAAACAUUUUAUCGUUAACUCGUCCAUUUCUGCAAUAAUUGGUAACCGUGGUCAAUGUAACUAUUCGGCAGCUAAUGCUUUUAUUGAUGAAAUUAUGCUUGAACGUAGAGCGAAAAGACUUCCAGCUACAAUAAUUAAUUGGGGAAAUUGGUUGGAAAUUGGAAUGGCGGUUAAGGCUAACAAAAUUUUGAACAAAAUGGGAUUCAUCGGUUUGGAGACACGAAAAGCGAUGACUUAUUUACAAAUUGCUAUUGAUCAUGCACCUGCAAGGAUGAUUGUCACUCAAAUUGAUGUCCGAAAAAUUUUGCAUUAUCGUCCUGAUCUAGCUGUUGUAUUUCGGAAUAACACAAAUGGAAAUAAUACUCUGACAGCUAGGAAGAAUAUUCCGGAACAGUCCUUAAACCAAAGAAAUCAUUUAUACGGAAAUCAAUCGACGAAUGGUAUAUUGAAGCAAUGGAGCAAAAAUGUGGAAGCAAAUGGCGGAAUUGAUUGUAAAAAUAACAUCCACUAUCUUAAAUCGGAAAUUGCCGGAAUCUUGGAGACAAUAACUGGCGAACCGGUAACUAUCGAGGAUUACCAAAGGAGUUUUAUGGAUCUUGGUCUUGAUUCUCUCAAAAUAUAUCGAUUUCUAAGUGAGUUAACCGGAAGAAUUGAAAUAAAGCCCCUUCUAAAUGUGCUGACAAUAUUUGAAUAUCCAACAAUUAAUAAACUUUCUCAUCAUAUUGGAUCAUUAUUUUGCCGUAUAAAAGAACAUCCAGAAAAAAUGACCACUGAUGACAAUUUCCGGUCAAAAAAUGCGGAAAAUUUAGAAAAUAUAGCUAAAAAUUUCGAAAUUUUCGUAUUCCACUCAAAAAAUGAAGAGAAAUUGGGAGAAGAAAAACGCCAUUUUCUUGAUCUGUCCGAUCAAUCCCGAAUCUCGGAAAUAUUAUCAGAUCGAUCGUUUGCGCACGAUCAGUCUAACAAUCAUUUACAUAUUAUUUGGGGUUCAAAAUACAAAAUAUUACGGAAUAAAUUCUUACACUUCGAAAGUAUUCCUAAUAUCAAGCAAUCCCGAAAGCCAAUCAUAUGCUUCAUGCCGAUUAUUUAUUGUUUUGCAUAUUCGCUUGCAAAACUUUACGAAUAUUGCGGUGUAAAGGGUACCUUUUUUGUUGGACAUAGUGUUGGAGAAAUUGUUGCUUGUACGUUAGCUGAUCGAAUAUCUCUUGAUCAUGCAUUAAAAUUGGUCAUACGACGAGGAGAAAUUCUCAGAUAUACCGAAGGAAAGGGUAAAAUGAUUGCUGUUAAGGCAAAUGAUGCCAAAAAACUUCAACAAUACAGUGGAAUGAAUCAAGCAGCUAUAAAUAGUAAUAAACAAAUUGUUUUAUCAGGAGAUAAUCAAUCAGCAAAAUUAUGCUUACAUUUUGCACGAUUACAUCAAUGUUCGGUUACAGUAAUCGAUAAUUGCUAUCCUUUCCAUAGUUCAGCAAUCGAUGAUACACUACUGGAUCAAUACAGGAUAGAAUGCAAAAAAAUGAAAUUACAAAAAACGAAGGGAAGAAAUAUUGUUAGCAAUUGUACUGGUCAAUUUAUGGAUUCUACGACGAAAACGAUUGCUUCAAUCAAAUCCACUGUAUUUUUCAAAAGAUGUGUGGAAACAUUGGAUGAUAAUAAUACUAAUAUAUGGCUUGAAAUAGGUAAUGGUGAAAUUUUGACAUCAUUGGUGAAAAGUAUGAUGGGAUCUGCAUCAGAUACUUUGAUAUGUCCAGCUAUUAGAAAUGAUAAACAAGAAAUGGACUCAUUCAUUCAUUCAUUAUGUCAACUUCAAAUUUUCGGAGUUAAGAUUAAAUGGGAUCGAAUUUGUAAUAGAACAAGUACACAAGGAAUUAUGAAGUCAUAUGAGAAAAAGAUAACGAAGAAAUUGAUAGACGAAAAGGAAAAAGAUUUGGAAUUGAUUGAAGAGCAUCUUAUCCAUGGUAGAAUAACAUUACCUGCAGCAUUUAUUAUCACUAUGUUUGCUGAAUUUGCUAUAAAUUCAUCAGAGAAAUGUAUUAGCAAAUCGGAAGUGAUAAGUAACACACGUGAAAAGUUAACGUUUGAACGUAAAACGAUUAUUUUUGAAGCAUUAAGGCUAGAAAAACGAGUGAAUGAAAUUGAUCUAAGUAAACUUGAAAUAAAAUUUCACUCACCUGAAUUGAUUCUAACAGAUAACAUUAGCAAGUAUAGCAGUUGUCGAUUAGGUAAUGAAGAGAGCAAAAAGAUCCGGCAACGAACCAGUACGUUAAAUAAGUUACGAAUUAAGUAUGAACAAUUAAAGGUAAAAAUGGAAAAAUUACCUCAUCAAGCAUUUUAUGAAACAAUGAGAAGAUAUGGUUUGCAAUAUGGAUUAAAAUAUCAAAUAUUACGUGAAAUAUACCGUAAAGAUUAUUAUAUUGGUGGAACAUUGAUCAAUGCUGAUAAUUUAACGCAACUUCUUGAUGGAGCACUUCAACUACUUUCUGCUGCUCUUCUUGUCACUAAUAAAUCAUCAAUUUAUAUCCCAUUUGCAAUCGACGAUAUUAUAAUCAAAUAUGAUACGAAAACUGCUUCCAAUUGUUUUUAUGCCUAUGGAAUUAUUUCAAAACGUAUUGAUAAUAUUAUCAAAGGAACAGUUGUCAUUUAUGAGAAUGAUAAUCAAAUCAUUAUUCUACACAAUGUUACUGCAAUUGAUAUUAGUACUAAUAAGUCUAUCAUAUCAACCAAACAUCGUAAUUCUUCCGAUUCACAAUGUUCAACAAGCAGAAAAAUGAAGCGUACUGCUAUCAAAGAUAAGACUGAUAGUAUCAGACAUAAUCUGAAUAACGCUGAUAACACAGCAAUAAUGGAAAUGAAAAGACAUAAUAAGUCAUCUGCUCGGAACGACACAUUACAAAUCGAAAUUAUCAGUUAUGUUGGUCAAUUUCCGGAUUCUGCAGUUGAUUGUGCAUCACUGUGGAAUAACCUGAAAGCAGGAAUAAGUUUGCAUUCAUCCGGCAAUAUUCAGAAACUUCAAACUGAUGUUACCAUCUUUGACCCGGUAAAAUUUGGCAUUACACCUAAAGAAGCGGCUUAUAUUGACCCUCAACAAAGAAUCCUGUUAGAGAUGACACAAAAGACGAUUGAAAAAGCUGGAUUAGAAAGACUGGAUAGUGACACCGGCGUUUUUAUUGGUGUAAGUUCGAGUGAUUUUGCGCAAAAAGCAUAUAAAGAGAUCCAGGAUACCUGCUCAUACUUGAGUACCGGUACGAAUCAAAGCGCUUUAGCAGGUCGCAUUGCUUACUGGUUCAAUUUAAAGGGACCUACUAUGGUCGUUGAUACAGCAUGUUCAUCGUUUUUAUCCGCCCUUGUUGUCGCUUGCGAUAAUAUCAGAAUGGGUAAUUGUCGAGCAGCUUUAGUUGGAGCCGUUAAUAUAAUUCUGAAUUCGAAAUCUACUUCCGUAUUGGAAAAUGCGCAAAUGCUCAGUAAAAUCGGCUGCUGUAAGGUAUUUGACGUGGAUGCAGAUGGAUAUAUUCGAUCAGAGGGCUCUGCUAUGAUACUAAUCCAGGGAACAAAUGGGGAAAGUCAUAAUUCAAGUAGUGAAACGUUAGCCAUGUAUCGAAACGAUAUGAAGUUUACAAUCGAAUCUUAUGGUAUGGGGCAUAAUGGACGGUCGAAUGGACUUACGGUACCAAGUGGUAUAAGUCAGUACGAAUUGAUUAAAAGGGUCAAUAGGAAACGUGUAAAUGCAUUGACAAUAAGUUGGGUAGAAGCUCAUGCGGCAGGUACCCCAUUAGGCGAUCCGAUUGAGACGAAAGCUAUUGUUAGAGCUCUGGCAGAUACAUCGUACACUGAUCAACCGAUCCGCAUUACAUCAGUCAAAAGUUCAACUGGUCAUUGUGAGGCUGCAGCCGGUGCUGCAUCAUUGAUCAUGGCACUUGAGGCCUACUAUCACCGCUAUCUACCACCAAUGCAGCAUUUCAAAUUGCUAAAUACGAAUAUCAUGAACAAUGCUGCAUUAAUUGUACCAGUAAUUGGUGAAGAAUUACCGGAUACCUUCGAUAUGCUCAUAAAUAAUUUCGGUUUCAGUGGUACUAAUGUAUCAAUAGUUAUUAGAGGAUGUAACAGAAGGCAACUGAAACAAAAUGAGAAAGCACCAAAUCAACCGGUAAUGAAGCAAAGGUUAUCAUCUGGCCAUUCACCAUGCAUUCUUUUAUGUUCGGGAGAUGACUCAGAAUCAUUUAAACUGGUAUCUGAAAAAUUGGACGAUUAUAUUGAAAAAACGAGUCACAGUCUUGUGACAGUAUGCGCAUGUUUACAAGAUUUGAGAAAUACCGGAAGAUAUCGGACAGCAAUGCUGAUUAAACGGCAUACACAAAAAUGGUUAUCUUUCCGGAUGUCGAAUAAACCACAGAAAUGGACCAAAGUUGUUUUCAGUAUGGGAAAAAGUCCAAAACCGACUAUGAUCGCUGAACUAUGCACAGUAUAUAGUUCUUUUCGGAAAAUUUUCAUAGGAUAUAUUAGAACUUAUAAAUGUGCGAAUAGUUUUACAUCAUCCAAGUCAGGUGGACAAAUUGCAUUUGAAUAUAUUUCAAAACUUUCACUGGUCACAUUUCUACUGACCAUUGGAAUAAAUCCAUCAAUAAUUAUUGCAUCGACCAGAAUCGAUCGAAUUGUUGCUGAAGUAGUAAGAAGAAAAUAUAAAGUGAAAUAUCGUUUUGAAGCGAAAAAUACUUUUAACAAAGGAAUGCCAUACAAUCGUCGGAAUUUUGAAAUACAACGGGAGAUGGUUGUCGAAGAUUUCGAUUGCAUUUUAAACAUGCAAACCUUACGGAUUGAAAAACCUGAAACGGCAUGUAAUAAUAACUGGAAACAAUCAUUUAUCAAUCAGUUCGUGGAUACAAUUUGCCAACUAUAUGAGCAUUUCAUUGACAUCAACUGGCAGAUGCUUAAUGAUCGAACAACUAAGACAUGCCUUAUACCGGAUCCUGAAUACUCCAAGAAGAAAUAUUGGCCUUUUACUGAUUGCAAUAUGCAAAAUACCGAUUAUAAUCCUUCGUAUGGUGAGGUUCCCUUACCGAGUUUACAGUUGGAAAUGUCUCAAAAAAUGGAAAAAUUAGAUGAAACAAAUCCUAUGGCUGACCAAUUUAACAGUAAUAAUUUUGGUAAUACCAAAACGGAUUUGACCAACUGUCAAUACUUAUACAAAUUAGUUCGGAAGAAAUGCAUACUACCGAAUCCGGAACGAAUUAUCCCAUUUAUUGCUAUCAAUCUUACCGAUAUAACAACAAUUAUAGGACAGCAAGCUAUCUUUAUAGGCAAGAUAAAUGAUAAUGACAAUAUUGCAGAGGUCAUAAAGCAGGUUGAUUUGCAUAAAUGCACAAAGUUGAUAUUAGAAUGGGUAAUUGAUGAGGAAAAUUUAAUGGAAAAUAGCAUAAAGCAAACUUUACUGAAAACAUUAGCAAUGGAACAAACAAAUGUAAAUUUCAAAAGUAUUCAUACCGAUAUUAUCGAUCAAAAACUUUUCCAUGAAAUUUCGGAUGAAAAUUUCCUUAAUGAAGUAAUUUAUUACAAUGGCGGUAAUCGAUAUGUUGAAAGACUGCAACAAAUGGAUAGCACAGAGCUAAUUAAACAACAAAUGAAGAAUAUUGAUCGAAUACUAAUAACAGGAAAUAUUCGAGGAAUAGCGGGAAAAUUAACUGAAGUAUUAAGGCCUCAUUUAGCGGUAGUUGUAUCCAGAACAAUGCCAAACACAUGUAAUAACGAUGAGAAUGGUUCUAUGGUUCGAACAAUACAAGCGGAUUGCACUGAUUACAAGCAAAUGGAAAGAAUUUUCGCGACAUUUGCGCCAUUUGAUGUUAUCUUCCAUUGUGCAGCAGUGAUAAAUAAUAGUUUAAUGGAAAAUAUGAACCUGAAAUUGUUUGAAAUGGUAUGCCGUCCAAAGGUUAUAGGUUUGCAAAAUAUCAUCAGGCUUUCGAGACUAUAUCCAAUUCGGAAAUUAGUAGUUUUCUCAUCAGCAGCAACAAUUCUUGGCUCCGCUGGACAAGCUAAUUACGUUGUCGCCAAUGAACUUAUGGAAUAUUUGAUGAGGAAAAACAUACCAGAUGGAUUGUUUAUUAGCUGGGGACCAUGGGAUGGACGAGGACUUCUGGUAGGUGAACAUAUGACUGGCAUUCGGAAGCAAAUUCAGAACAUUGGUUGGAAAUUAUUGGAGGUACAACAGGUGGCUCAGUUAUGCUGCAAAUUACUUUCCAGUACAGGACAUCAUAUAGCAAUGGAUGUUAAUUUUGAUAUGCUUCGAAAAAAGCGCUCGUACCUAAGAAAUUUUCUGGAAAAUAUUCCAGAUAACAACUUCAACAUCCAUAAAUGUGAAAGAUCGUUUCCAAACGAUCUGCAUUCAGAUUCUAAAUCAGGAAAAGAUUUCAAUGAAAUAAUCAAGAACUGUAUUACGGAAAUAAGCGGUAUUACAGAUGUAAAACCUGAUUUGGGUUUCAUGUCAAUGGGAAUCGAUUCAUUGAUGAUAUCCGAAAUGCAAGCAAUAUUAAACGAACAAUUGAAUUUGAAUAUUCCUGUUGCUAUUUUUUACGAAUAUUCUACUGUGGAAACAUUAUCACAAUAUAUGGCACAAAGUAUAGCAACGAAUUGCAAAUUACAAAAUGAUACGAAAGCAAAAGAUAUAAAUGAUAAGGUUGCAAUUAUUGGUUAUUCGGGAGCUUUUUCAGGAGUACCUGAUGAUGAGAUAUUUUGGCGCUCUUUGCUAGAUGGCAAAGAAUUAAUUGAACAUCACAAAAGUGAUAAUGAUGAAACGGUGGAAGCAAUUGGUAUAGUGCCGGAUAUCGACAAAUUUGAUUAUCGAUUUUGGAAGAUGAGUCCUGAUGAUGCAAGUUACAUUGAUCCACAAAUCCGGAAAUUCGUUGAGCAUGCAUAUAUUGCUCUUGAACGAUCAGGUCUUAUACGAUUUAGGCAUAAGCUAAGAAUAGCAGUUGUUGUUGGCGCUGAACCAUCGGAAUAUCGCCCAAAAUCACGUCGUAUUGGUGGUAUUGAAGAUUUAUACGAGAUGAAUCAGAAAGAUUUUGUUGCCGCAUGGACCAGUUACUUACUUGAUCUUCAUGGUCCUUCAUUUGGAGUUUACUCGGCCUGUUCCACUGCUCUUGUGGCUAUCAUACAGGCGCUUAAUUUAUUGCGCAAAAAUCAAUGUGAUGUUGCGCUUGCAGGUGCCGUAUCUUUGUCUGUACCUCGUACAAAUAAUAAUGGUAACUUACAAGGAAUGGUACUAUCAUCUGAUGGUCAUUGCCGGCCAUUUGAUCAUAAAUCUAGAGGGACGGUUCGAGGUUCAGCAGUUGGUGUUGUUGUAUUACGACGACUUAGUGAAGCUCGACAAAAUAAUGCCCCAGUGAUCGUUAAAGUAACUGGCUAUGGGAUUACUAACGAUGGCCUAUUAAAGUCCAGCUUUAUGGCACCAAAUAUUAGUGGUCAGCGCACUUGCAUAAAGGAAGCAAUUGAAAUGACCGGUACAGCUGAAAUGGAUUACAUCGAAUGUCAUGGAACCGGAACAACAACGGGUGAUCUAAUUGAGCUUACAGCAAUGUCACAACUGUAUCAUCGUGACACAUUGAUUGGUUCAGUGAAAGCUAAUAUUGGACAUGCUUUAGCUGGAUCCGGCAUUGCUGCUAUCAUUAAAUUAUGCAAAAUUGCCGAAAUGAGAGUUAUUCCAAAACAAAUUAAUUUUGAUAAAUUAAAUGAAAAUCUGAAAGACGUCAGUUUCAAAAUUUCUCAACGUAACAUCGAAUUUCAGAAAAAAAAGUUACGACUUGCAGUGAAUGCUUCCGGUAUUGGUGGUACUAAUGCACAUAUUAUUAUGGAAAAUGAUAAUCACAUAUCUUCCUAUCAAUCAAACACUAAGCAAUAUUUUUAUGUUCUAACGAUAUCAGGUAGAACUAAAAAUGCAUGCAUCCAUCUUUGUGAUCGUAUAGCUGAUUAUCUGAAACCGGAAAUGAAUUUAACUCAGGUAGCGAGUACGUUACAAAAUUAUCGUGAACAUUUCGAAUAUCGGAUUGGUAUAAAUGUACAAUCAGCUAUGGAUGCUAUCAAUCAAUUGAAAAAUAUUACCAAGAUACAAAAGAUGAUCAAAUUGAAGCGAGAAAAUGUCGCAUUCUAUUUUGCUCCUCAAGGACAAGAAUAUUUCAAUAUGGGAUUAGAAGUAAUGGCUUACAAUGAAGUAUUUCGUAAGGUAAUGGAGAAUUGUUGUCGUAUUGCUACCAAAUUGAUUGGUAUGAAUUUUCAAAAUAUCAUUCAUCCACAACAUCAAUUUGAUAAGCAAAAUAUUAUUGCUGAACAACCGUACUCACAGAUGGCCACAUUUAUUGUAUGUUUUGCUUUGGCUGAACAAUUAAAAGCCUGGGGUAUUGAAGGAUGUAUAAUGAUUGGACACAGUUUGGGUGAAUAUGUAGCUGCAGCUCAAGCUGAUGUUUUUGAUGUAGAAACUGCAUUGAAGAUACUUUUCAAACGAGGAUGUUUAAUUGCGAAAACUGAAAGGGUCAAAAUGGUCGCUGUAAAAUGUUCAAAAUUCACCGCCGAUUUAUCAUUGGAAAGUACCGAUGGAAAAUAUUUUAAAAUUCCGGAAACAAUUGAAGUUUCGGCUAUUCUUAGUUCAGAUCUUAAAUGUUUGGUUGGUAAACCUGAAACAAUUGAAGAAUUGAAGAAGGAAAUGAAGGAGGAUGGAAUGAAUUACAGGGAAUUGAUGACCAAUUACGGUUUUCAUACUUCAUUCAUGGAUUUAAUACUUGAUGAAUUUGCUCAAUUUUUAGAAAAUUUCACUUUUCGAAAGCCAACAAAACAAAUUUUAUCAAAUAUUGACGGACAAAUUAUCAAAUAUUUCGAUAGCAAAUAUAUGGUGAAACAUAUGAGAAGUGCAAUUCGAAUUGAUAAAUGUAUCGAUAAUUUGCAUAAUGAAAUUAAAGCAAUCAUAGAAAUUGGUCCAAAAGGAAUUCUCGAAAGUUUAUUAAAGGAUAAUAAUUCAUGUGAAAUUGAAGUAAUUUCAACAUUACCAUCAAAGAAGCAACAUGAAAAAGGUUAUGAUACAGGUGAUCUGUUCAGUGUUGUAACAAAACUAUGGAUGAAAGGUUAUGAAGUAAAUUGGGAGAAGAUUUGUGGAAACUAUGGUUUCGAUCGGCUUCUUCCAAAUUAUCAGUUUGAAAAGGAUAUCUGCUGGGAAUAUCAAGAAAAGGAAUGGAAUACGGAAAGACUUAACGUAAACCUAUAUGAAUCAUGCUGGAUACCGUAUAAAUUUACUAAUCGAAGACGACUUCCAAAAGGAAUCCUAUUGUUUUUACCGAGGAUUAUCACAAAACCUAUUAAUACACUCCUCACAAUAUUACAUAAUCUGUUUGUACCGGUUCGAUGUAUUUUCAGUGAUACUUUAUCAUCCGGAAAUGUAAAUGUAAUAAAUGGUAACGUUUACAUAAAUUCGAAUAACGAAGAAUCAUAUCAACAAUUAGCCAGUUUUCUCCGGAAUGGUGAUUUUCACUAUGAUACUAUAAUUCAUGCAUGGAAUUUUCCGGUAAAUCAUGAAACUGAACGGACGAAUGAUUCGUACUUACUUUCAAGUUUUUAUUCCAUAUAUUGGAUUUUAGCAAAUGUUAUACAAAAUUCGACUGAUCUAAGGCUUUUGGUAAGUAUCGAUUGGGAUGCAGAACCGGAAUUAUUCACUGUUCUUGGACCAAUAAGGGAAUUAGCGAUGACAAAACGAUCAAUGAAAGCUGCCUGCAUCCUUUGCACACCGGAAGUUAACUUAUUCGAGGGACUACAGUUACUUGAAUCUUAUCCGGCUGAUUUUUUGUUGAUCCGAAAUUCAAUAAAUGGUGAAUUUGAACAUUUUUCCUAUAAACUGAAGCCAAUUGAAAAUGAUAAUUAUUCGACGGGAAAUCAGGAUCGAUCAAUUGAUGAGAAUGAUUGUCUUGUUCAGAGCGCUGAUGUCGUUGUAAUUUUUGGAUUUGGUAACAUUGGACAAUCUUUCGUCACUGUUCUUUGUCAAAAUUUUGACUUUUUAACAAUUUAUCUGGUUAGCCCAAAUGCGACACGUCAUUUUCAACAAUUUCAAAAUAAAAUUAAUCAAUGGAAAACUUCAAGAAAGUUUAAAAUGUCAGAAAAAGUUAACAUUACCAAUGUACCGGUAACGGAUGUCAUCAAUGAUCAACAUACAAUUCAUGCAUAUGAUGUUGACAUAACGAAAAAAGAAGAUAUACAACAUUUGCUAACUCAAAUAAUGUCGCAGCAUGGACGGAUUAAUGUCAUAAUACAUGCAGCAGCCGGAAAAAUUGAUAGUACUAAAUUUGAAAAGAAUUUCAAUGAAAUACAAUCUAUAUUCCAACCAAAAAUUCGAGGUAUCCGGAACAUAAUCGAUACUUUACACGGAAAUAAUAUCCACAUUCGAAGUCUAAUUCUCAAUUCAAGUAUGAAUGCAUUAUUUGGAUUACCCGGUAAUACUGAUUAUGCAGCAUCAAAUAUUUUUCUGGAUGCAUGUUGUUGUAGAAGGAAUUUCCGAAAUAUCCAGAAUAUUACAACUAUACAAUGGACCGGUUGGAAAGAUAGCAAUAUGCUUGGUUAUUACAUGAACAAGGAAAAUAAAAGUCAGAAUCCUGUAACAGACCUUAUCAUAGAAUAUUCAUUAUCACUGGAAGAAGCCGGACAAAUGAUAUGGAAAUGUUUCCAUGAACGAGGAUUGAUUGCUGUAUCAUCUGUUAGUCCAAAUGAUAUUAUCCGUGAAAUCCGUAAACUAAACUUUAUGACAAGUCGUAAAUUUGGUAUUAUUCCAGAACAAGAAAAAACUGUGGAAAAGAAUUGCAACGAUUUAAGAAAUAUUAUCGCAAAAAUUUGGAUGGAUAAUUUAGGAGUUGAACAAGUGACCUAUCAUGAUGAUUUCUUUCAAUUAGGUGGACAUUCCUUAAAUGGGAUGCAAAUCAUUUGGGAAAUUAAUCGUAUGUUGCAAAUUAAUUGCAAAUUGGAUGAUCUAUUCCAAAAUUCGAAAUUCGAAAACUUUUUGAAAUUUUUGCAAAAAUUCGUUAUUAAAGAAGGUGAAGAAAAAUUUAAUUUGGAAAUUUUUAAAAUCAUCGACAGUACCGGUAAAUUGAAAAGGAUUCCGCUCAGUUAUCCGCAAGAAAAUAUGUAUAUUUUAAGACAAUUGCAACAUCCCACACUUUAUAAUGUAUGCUUUUUAUUAACAUUUCAAGGAUUAAUUUGCAUCAAAAGUUUGCGAAAAGCGCUGCUAUUUCUUAUUGCCCGGCAAACUUCGCUUCGAACAGCAUUAUCGGUAUUAAAUGAUAGCUGUUAUCAGGAAAUUAAAUCUCUCACCGAAUCCUAUUAUCAUAUAACCUGGCCUAAUAUGAAUGAACUUGAACGUCGUAAACUGAUAAAGGAUGAGAAAAAUCAUGCAAUGGAUCUGAGUCAGAUUCCAUUCAGGAUAUUACCAAUGUGUAAUAAAGAAAGUGAUAAUGUGGAAAUUGAAUAUUUGAUAAUGAUAAGCCAACAUCAUAUCAUUACCGAUGGCUGGUCGAUGACUAUUUUUGCUAAUGAAUUAGGAAAGCUUUAUCAUUACUGUUUGAUAAAUCAACGUAUUCCGGAAACUUUGAAAAGAUUAUCUCGGGAUGUAACUCAUUUCGCAGUUUGGCAACGUACUAACGAGUUUACUAAGACGAUACAAAAUGAUCUUCAACGAUUAUGUGCCAAACUUCAAGGACUUCAAGCAACACGGAUUAUGGCGCAGAAAACUGCAAAUAUAAGAUCGAAACUAAUUAGCCAAAAGAUAUUCUCUAUUCCAACAUCGCUUUGGGCGCAAAUUAAUCAAACAGCCAAGGAGUACCAACAAACGACGUAUACAGUAAUGCUUACUGCAUUUUUGUGUCUUAUUCGGAAAUUCUCGGAUGAUUACAGUAACAAUACAAUUGUAAUCGGUUGUCCGGUAUCUGGAAGAACAGAUGCAGAAGAAAUGAAAUCGGUUAUGGGAUAUUUCUUGAAUAACAUCAUCCUAAUUGUUAAGGAUUUUAAACCAAAUGCACCAAACAAUGUUCUUUUUGAGAAAGUCAAGGAAGCAAUUCAGGAAGCUCGAUCAUUUGAGCAUUUACCGUUCCACUUAUUGGUCGCUAAUUUGUCACAUCAACGACGACAUGCUUAUCAACAUCCUGUUUUCGAUAUAUUCUUUAACUAUCGACAUAAUCUUGAUUUCCCGGAAAUUGAAAUUUCCGAUGUAAGAAGUACCAUAACACAACUUACCACUAAUAAUGCAUUUGAUUUUGCAUGUACAAUUGAUGAAACGAAUGAAGGAACUCUGAUUACUGUUGAUUACAAUGCCAAUCAAUAUUCGAUUCAACUUAUUGAUACGAUGAUUACAGUCUACUUUAAACUACUUAAAUCUUUUAAUAAUCAGUCUAAUGGUUUAAGAAAUGAAAUGAAUGAUAUGAGAUGCCGAAUCAAUCGUGAUAUGAUAUCAGGAAGUCUCAUUGAUAUUAUUGAGCAACAAUCUACAUAUACUGAUAAGCUUAUCGCUAUCUAUUUAUCACAUCAAGCAAUUACUUAUCGACAAAUGUAUGGCAUGAUUCAUAUAUUUUGUAUGAAAAUAAAACAAUUUUAUUUGCAAAAUAACUGUGAAAAUAUUCGUGCUGAUACGAUCAUACCGAUAUGUGCUGAUUCGAAUGCAAUAAUAGUACCACUUUUAGCAGUACAACUAACUGCAACAGUUAUUAUUGUUCAAGAAAAUAACUUCGAUCUUAACAUUCCAACUUUAUCAUUAUCACAUUUUUCACCAUUGUUGAAUCAUGCAUUUUAUGAUAAUGAAGGAUACGAAAGAUUAGAGAAAGAAGAUAUCAGAAAAAGCAUACAAAACUCUGAUAUAUCAUACGUCAUUUUUACCAGUGGUUCUACAGGAAAACCAAAACCUGUUUGCGUCAUGAAUCGGAAUCUUCUCAAUUUUGUACUUGCAUCAACUCAACAAGCAUCUUUUCGUCCCAAUUUUCGUAUUUAUCAUUCUGUAAAUACGAUUUUUGAUGUAAGUUGUGUAAACAUCUUUACAACAUUAUCAAACGGUAGUUGUUUGAUUAGCUCAGAAAAUAUUCUGAAUGCAUCUGUUGAAAUUAUCCAAAAAAAUGUACAAUUUGCUUUUUUACCAUCAGCAUUAUUUAAUAUGUUUGAUGGUAAUGAAAUUAAUCAAUUUCAACAAUUGGAAAAAUUAUAUGUUGGAGGUGAAACACCAAAUAAUGAGCAACUUAAUCGAUGUUUACAAAUGGGAAUUCCAGUUCGUCAAAUUUAUGGUCCAACAGAAACUACUGUUUGGUCAUUAUCGAAUAAUUGUUCAGUAGCAGAAUAUGAAUGUGGCCGAGUAAUUGGAAUACCAAUUGAUAAUGAGAUUGUAUAUCUUUUAGAUUCAGAAAAUAAUAUAACAUAUAAUGGUGGUAAUGGUGAAUUAGUAAUAUGUGGUGAAGGUGUUUCACGUGGAUAUUUAAAUCAAAAAAGGAAUGUUUUUACAUUUAAUAAAUUUCAUAGUAAAGAAGAUCAAAUUUUAAAUCGAAACAUAUUUUGCUAUCAUACCGGAGAUUUUUCAAUGAAACUUGGUGAAAAGUAUCAUUUCAUAGGACGAAAAGAUAAGCAAUUGAAGAUACGUGGUUAUCGUGUGGAAUCUGUUGCAAUUGAAAUUAUUGUAAGACAAUGGGAUUCAUCAAUUAGAAAUAUUGCUGUUUUAAAGAAUGAUCGAUUAGACAAUUUAUUUUUAUUUAUUGAAAAAGAUACCGAUAACAAAUACUGUGAAGAAUUACGACAAUAUUUGAAAGAGCAUUUGCUUUAUUUUAUGAUACCCAAGAAGAUUAUUAUAUUGCAACGAAUGCCAUUAAACAGGAAUGGAAAGAUUGAUAUGAAUAGUUUAAAAGAAAUGAUGGAAAAUGAUUAUCCGGUUGAUAAAGAUUGUCCCGUUUCCGGUUUCAUUCAAGCUAACGAAGUAUUAUUGGAAGAAGUGAGAAAAAUUUGGUGUCAACUACUUGGAGUAUCUCAACUUGAGCAUGAUGAUGAUGAUUUCUUUGUAAUUGGUGGACAUUCACUUCUAUUAAUACUCCUUCGACAAAAACUUCAUGAUAAAUUCGAAUUUAAUCUUAACUUUGAACAAUUUUAUCGUCAACCAACAUUAGCAGCGCUUAUUGAUAGCAUGCAUAAAAGCGCAAAUAUUUGCAAUGAAAUAACAAUGGAGAAGGAAACAUCAAAUUGUCACGUUUAUCAAAACCGUACAACUUUACUAUCAUCACCUUUACCAUAUUCUAACCCGAUAACUGAAUCAAUGAGAUUUGUGAAUCUUCGAGAAGUUGCAUCAGCUACCGGUAAUCUGUACAUGAUACAUGCUAUAGCCGGUACUGUAUAUCCAUACUUUGGACUUGUAUCAGCUAUACCACAAUGCUUGAACAUUUAUGCUAUCGAAUAUGAAUUUCAUUAUCCAUCGAAUAGUUUAAUAGAGCUUGCAUCCUUUUACUCCAAACAAAUUGUUGAGCACAGUCAAAUGAAAGCCAUAUAUUUGAUGGGACAUUCAUUAGGCGGUAUUUUGGCACGUGAAAUAGCAGAAUUGCUUCAUAAUGAUCGAAUAGCAUUUGUUAUAAUGCUUGAUUCAUGGUAUAUUGGUAUCAGUAACUUAAAUGUAAACACUGUCAAAUGUUAUCUCCAGGAAAAAUUAAAAGGAUUACCUGGUAAAGAGGAAUAUAUUAAGAAAUCAGAGAAAUUAACUGAAAUGUUGCAAAAUCAUCAAUUUUCGAUCAGUUCUAUCAAAAUUUACCUUUUAAAAGCAAAGAAUUAUGGAAAUUCUCCUCUCAGAACAAACUUAAGAGGAGCAAAUUCCGAAGAACAAAUGCGAUCGAUGAUUUCAAAUGGAUGGCACAAGAUUUCUACGACGAAUAUGGACAUAUUUCUGGUUGAUGGUGACCAUGAUUCUAUGUUACAGCAACAUAAUAUAGCCUUCCUAACUCGUAUUUUUACCUACAUUUAUGCUAAGAACGGAGUGACCGUUGGACAAGCUUGA